ACAUGCCAGAGAUACAUUGACUGAUAAGUAUUGCAAUCCUCUAAGAAACAGGAAAUUAGACUGUUAAUAAUCCACAGUAAUUGAUAUCUCUCCAAUGUCUUCAAAAUGUCAUUGCUGCUUUCCCAUUACUUCUCUUAAUCUACAGAUGCCACAAAAUGUCUUCAUUAAUAUGCCAAAGUGAGAGCAAUAACUUUCUUUUGUGUUUUGAUCUAAAAGGUCACUGCAACAAUUAUAUGGAAGUGACAGAUAUUUUUGUCACAGACCCUACUAGGUGAACAAUUAUGGUCUGCAAUUGCUGGAGUUUUAUGAAUGAAAAGCUCAUUCAUUCUUCUGAAAUCUGCAUUGCAAAGUAUAACAUCAGCAUGAACUUUAUUAAAUACUUUGAGUUUCUAAUUUGUGCAUAUGGUGGCGGGGAGGGUCUUUUCUAUUUACAGAAAAUGAACAGCCAGUAUUUUCGCCAUGAAGUUCUGGCUUGUGAGACUGGUGAACUGAAAAACUUUUGGGAAAAAACAAUUGAGAAGCAAACUCAGCAUUUUGAAGCUGAAAAAGACCGUAAAAAAAGAAGUGCACUGACAAAGCUCAGAAACGAAUGGAAAGAGAGGCUGGAAAAAAGACUGAAAAUGCUACAGGAACAGGAUGAGAAUGAAGAAGGCCAUAACUGAAGAUGGGAUCAUCAUGCACUUCUGUGUUUGACAGAAAUAUUGCCAUAAGUUAAAGUGAAAGAUAAAAGUUUGUGUUGAUGCAAAGCUUUAGUGUCUGGCUUGUAUUAAUUCAGAAACUUCACUAAGCUUAUGUGGGAAAGCAAUGUAGGUACUACUGUUUGUGUAUGUCUUUCAAUAUUUGACUUCAUACUUUGGCUAUUAAAAAACUGCUCUUUCUAUUCCACCUGAAUGCUUGCUUAGCCAUAGUCUCUCACACCUUCCUAACUGGUAAUUUCAUGUUGUUGAAAGUGUAGAUUUUAGAUUUAUAAUGUUGUAAAAUGCCCUAGGUUGCCUUUAGGCAAGGAGGCAACUGAUAAAUAUGAUAAAUAAACAAUUCACUGUAUUGUUUUUCAGAUAC